AUAGCACUUGUGUGUUGGAGGCCAGAGUAACAGAAUGAUAAGUGUUGCCCUUAAUGGUUCGUUUUUGGUGCGUUUGACAGUGAGAUAUGGGAUCCUACAAAAAAUGUAUCUAGCGCCGAUUCGAGCCAUUACAGACAUUGUUGUCCUAGGCAUUUUACCUGAUAAUUGCGUCCUUUAUUCAAUGCCCCCUGCCCACCCCGAGUAUUGUUUUGAUCAGCAGAUAACACCUUAGUUCAAAGGUGAUUUCAAAGCGCGAUUUUAGUGGCACCCAAUGAUACGUGAGUAUAUUAGUUAAUAUCAGUGUUUCUUUUUGCAGUAAGAUCAAUUGCUAACUUGUGUAUUCACGUUGCACAUGUUGUUUAACAGCUGUUCUCAUUUGUUCUAUAAGAAAAAUAUGGUGGGACGGUGGGUGCACUUAUUGUUAGUCUUUGUCGUUGUUAAAGGCUUCUCUUGCAGAGUGUGGAAGGGAUUGCCGCAACAGUUUGUCGAACCUAGCUGCCCGGAAGAAGAAGGCUUCUUCACUGUGGAUAAUCAGUGCACAAGAGAAUUCCACUACUGCCUAAAUGGAGAUGUCAUUUAUGAACAGGAAUGCCCGGAGCUAGACGUUUUUGAUCCAUUGUUGAAAACAUGCGUCGACCCAGCGACUUGUUUCGAUUGUCCUCCAGAAGAUGGGGUACAUCCUGUACCCCAAAACUGCACAGGCAAAUAUUAUCAAUGUACCAGUGGAGUACCAGAAAAGCUGAGCUGUCCUGCCGAUUACAUUUUUGAUCCAGUGACGUAUGAAUGUACUCUGGCCGAGCAAGCUUCAUGCGCGGCGCGAAUGCAAUGCAGUGAAGAUGGUUUUUUUCCAUUUCCAGGAGAAUGUACCGCGUUGUAUUUUUGCUGUGUUGGAGGCGAAAGCUUUACGAUGUAUUGCCCUUCAGAUACGGUUUUUGACCCAAGUAUUUUGACAUGUGUGCCGAUAGAAGCUGCGUCAUGCACGCCUGGACCGAAGACGACUACUACUGCGAAAUUGACUGACAGAACUAUACCCCAACCACCACUACUACUCCAAUCACAGCCAUUACCACCACUACCGCAUCCCAACAAGUAGCCUACCCAACUGCCACGAGAACUCUUACCAGCCCAUUGGUAGCUUUCCAAUGCCUAUCGUAAACAUUGUGCUUUCGCACUACCUGUAGCAAAGAGACCAAAUAACAAUGUUACGUAAAGGAAUGAGUUGCUGACAAUGGACGGAAUACCAGCUGAACAAUUUUUAUUGCUUACAAGUGCGUCACUGUUUAAACACACUAUAUGACAGUCACUGUUAUGUGUUUUUUGUGUAAUGUAGCCAUGCCACUGAGCCUUUUCAAAUAAUACUUCCUUUUGUCUCGUAUCUGGGUAAGGUACACCU